UCAAUCAAUCACUCGAUCCUAAAAUGUGCAGUGUGUGCUCAAAUCUUGAUUGAUUUUCAUUUCAACUCUUUUUCCUUAAAUUGAAAAAUCAUAUUUCAAAUGAAUCGAUUCGAAAGUCCAACCACUGGUUUGAUGACUAAUUCAUCAGAGCCAACCAUUAUGGCUGACCACAACAAUCCCAAUUCCAAUAGUCUUCACCAUCAAUAUCAUCCGCAUCCGCAACAUUCCAUCAUAUCACCAUCAAGCAGUACCAAUUUGUAUGGCGACAACAACAACAUUGCAUCAUCACCGUUGAGAUCACAAUCAUCGUCGCCGACCAACAAUAAUAAUGGUCACUAUUUCAGAGCAAGUCAUUAUCAACAAAGAUCCGGUUAUUCACAACCUACAACAACGACAUCGGAAGCAGUUUCCUCAUCCUCAUCUUCAUCAUCAAUCGAUCCACAUGAACAAACAAUAUCCACAACCAACAAUUAUUUCGCGCAAAAUAUAACCAAAUUGGAACAAUCCCCACCAGAUAACAAUGUGGCCAAUUCCAUCGAUUACAACAACAAUAAUGGCCAUGCAUUCUACAGUGAUGCCCUCAAUACAUCGAAAGAAUCCCUGACAAUCAUUGAUCCGAUGGAUAAUAAGACUGGUCAAGAUUCUUCAAUGAUUAUCACCCAAAAUGAAGAUGAUGACAAUGACGACGACGAGGAUGACGAUGAUGAUGAUGAGGGUAUCGAUUAUGAUGAUGACCAUAACGAUGAUGCCGAUAUUGAGGAUGGUGACGACUAUGAUGACAAUGGUGACGCCAUUAUCGAUGAUUACGAUGAUGAGGAUCAUUUAUCAAACAUACAAACCAUCUAUCUAUCGGCCAAUUCCAUUCUGCAUAGCUACAUUCAAACCGACAUUAUGACAUCCAUUAAUCAACAUUUCCAACGUUCAUUUGCAUUGCUAUUCAAUACCAAACAAACGCCAUCACAACAACAACAAUCAUCAUUCACUAAUCAUGUUGUACAGGCUUCCGCAUCUCGAUCAUCCACUAGUCCCAACGGAUCAUCAUCAUAUGAUCAUUCCAAUAUCUACGAUAAAAGCACCGCAGAUGCAGUCUACAGUGGAAAUGACAACGGUGCAAAUAGGAAUGAUGAACAUCAACCGGAAAAUGCAAAACAUUCGAAAGACGAUGAUAAUGAUAAUGAUGGCCAUUUCAGUGCUAACAAAAAAUCGUUAUCCGCAUCUUCCUCAUCAUCCUCGUCUUCGGCUAUGGUCAGUAGCUCAACAUCACCGGUGAAUCAUAAUCAAACAGCAACUACCACAACAACAACGGCCAUGACAGUAGCAAAAUCCAUAGAUUCCUCAUUGGAUGCAAAACGUUGUUGCAGUCGAAAUAGUGACAACAGUAAUAACAGUGCUAGCAAUAAUAGUGGUUUAUUAAUCUCUACCACCAAUUCGAAUGACCAAAGUCCUGAUUCGAAUCCAAAUCAUUCAAAUGGCAAAUAUAUUGCAUAUAAUCAAACCAAAUCCCAUCAUCAUCGGCCCCGUUAUCAAUUGUGCAAACGUCGUUAUCUGCGACGAUUGCAAUUGCUCCAUACACCAAUGAUUAAACGCAAAUUGCCCGCUUCAUUUUGGAAAUUCAAUUCCCCUUUUUCCUGUUAUUAUUAUGCUGCGCCACUUUAUCCAUCCACUCAACAAUCCAAUGCGGCAAUGACAUCGGCAAAUGCUGUUGUUGUGCCUGCCAAUCCAGUGAUCGGUUCAAAUUACAGCACAUACCAGUCGGCCGUUAAUCAACAUCCAAAUCGCCAUGGUCAACUGCAACAACAACCCUCGUAUGAGAGUCAAAAUCCAUCAUCAUCAUAUGGAUCGAUGCAUCAUGCUGCUGCAUCUAGCCAAUUCGAGUCAUCCGCUUAUUCCACGGCUAUCACUGAUCAGAUAUCAUCAUCGUCGUCGUAUCCUUUGUAUGAAAGCGAUUCCUUAUCCAAUCGAUUGAAAAGUUUGGAUGAUGUGACCGACAAUCACCAAUCAAUUAGCCAGUUGCACACACAACAUUCUUCAUCAUCGGCUUAUAGUGCGACAAGACCAUUGUCUUUAUCAGUAUCGAUGACCAUCGGUGCAUCAGCAUCAUCGAUAUCGCCCACAAUCACCACCACAUCAACUACCACUUCGGCCAUCUCCACUGGCCAGGCAUUGACUACCACAACAUUCGCAUCGACUAAACCAUUGGCCGCCACUGCUGCGCUGGCCACAUCGUUAAACAACAAUGAUCUUACCUUGGACAUGUCCAUACAUAUUUCACCAAACAUAACGCUUACGGCAACAGCAGCGGCAGCCGCUGCGGCAGCUACCAGUGGUACCGCAGCGUCGCAUCAUCAUAGUCAUCAUCUGAUGGGAUCGGUCAAUCCUACCAAUAAUAAUAAUAAUAAUUCGAAUUGUGAUGCUGCUUUUGCCAACGAUCAUCAUCAGUCCUCGUCUGGCAGUAAUAAUGCGUCGGCAGCUGCAGCGGCAGCCCUUUACCAUCACCACCAUCAUCACUAUUCUCCCAAUCAUGGUCAUCAUCACCAUUCUAGCUAUUUGGGCCUUUUACAAUCAAGUUUCAAUAGCGAUUCCUAUUACUAUCACCAUAAUCAUCACCAACAUGCCAGCAAUGCUAAAUCAACAACAGCAUCCUCAUCAUUCGCUUCAACACCACCGAAAAUGUCCAAUAAUCAAUCCUCCACUGCUUUGGUCAAUCCAAUGAUGGUCAAUGAUUAUUCGCAUGCAUCGCAAUCAUAUGCUUCUAGUCUUUAUCCGCCAACAGCAUCAUUAGCGCCCACACAAUCAUCCUCCCAAUCAUCACCAUCAUCAACCAAUUCGGCCACUAUUGCUACUGAUGCUUGGAGUCGAUAUCAGCCUCAUCAUCAUCAGGGUUCGCAUUAUCCCACAUCCUUCACUCAAAUGAUGGUCCAAAUGCAACAACAGCAACAACAUACUGGACCUUAUUCUCAUGCACAGCAUCGUUCCUGUUAUUAUCCAAGUGAGCAAUACCAUGGUCACAAUCAGGAUAUGAUGGAUAUGACCAAUCCUUCUUCAUAUCCCAAUGAAAGCCAUUCUUCAUUGGCUCAGUCCGGUUCGGUUGAUCCGUCAUUGGCAGCUAUAUCAUCUUCCAACUAUCCACCAUCAUACCAUGGCCAUUUUCAAUCACACCAUCAGCAUCUUGAUCAAACCGAAUCAUUGAAUCAGGCCUCUCACCCGCAUCAUCAACAGCAGCAAUAUCAGCAACAACAACAGCCACAGCAUUCAGCAUUUACCGCAUCAACACCGUUCAUUGCAAUGGCUGCUGCCGUACGGAGUUAUCAUGAUGUAUUCAAUAAUUCAAACAAUAUCAAUCACACUACUGGCCAUCCUUGUCCACCUGUACCAUCCACAGCAACCGCUGUAACUAAUAACACAACACCAGUGUCCACAUCAACAUCAGUGACUGUUUGAUCAAUUAAUUAUUACUUAACACUUUUUGCCAAUAUUACACAACAACCAUAAUCAAUCAAUAAGUGUUGGCACGUGCGCCAACCAACGCGUGGCGUCCUUAUUACCAAACAAUAUUUAAUAUAGAAUAUCAUCAUCACCAUUCAUGUCUUUUUCCUUCACAUAAAUGAUUAUGAAUUUUAUUAUUAUUUAUCU